GAUUCUGAGAACAUGCUUGCCCAGAGCCCCAGAAGUACCCCUCUGCCCACACCACACCUUACUGUUUUAAAUACAUAUCUCAAGCCAAAGUUGCUAACGAGGUUGGAGAAACGUGUGAGAAGGAACACAGUGGUGGCGCUGAAGGAGCUGGGCCAGCAAAUCCAAGAAACUAAAUGCCGGAGGGAAAGGCUGCUGAAGGACAGCAGGCAGCUACUAGAGGAAAAAUACCGGGUGUGGGCCGAAAACCAGCUUUUCAUGGGAUACCUGCGUCAAAACAGCGAGUGGUGCGAAAAGAAACGGGAGGCGCUUUGGAGGCAGUGUGCCCAAGAAUGUGGCGAGAUUGAACGAAGGAGACAAGAACUGGCGUCCAGAAACGCCCAGAGAAACGCAGCCCUUCAAGCACAGCUCCUGUGGGGCAGAAAGACCCAGGAGGAUUUAAAGCAGCAGCUGCAAGCUCUGAGGACCAUUUUCAAGGUAAAGGAGAGGCAGGACAUGAAAAUGCAGGCAUUGGAGAAGGAGAAAGAGAAAAUCCGAAGUGAGACAGCGGCCAAGGACCAGGAGGCACACAUGCAGUUCCUGCAGGAGAAGGCACUGAUGGAAAAGGAGUUGGAAGAAUUGCAUUUGAUGCAGCUGGGGAAGAUCAGCGCCAAGGGGCUUAGAAGGAAGCACCAGGCCUUGGCGCUGGCAUGCAAGCAGGCUCAUUUUGAGUUCUGUGGCAGCCUCCACAGAGAGAACCAGCAGCUACGAAAGGAACUUCAGCAACUGAGUCAGGAGUAUCGCGUGGUGGAAGCUGUGAGGAGCCAGCUGGAAAAGCAACAGCAGCUGGUGAAGGAGGAGCAGUGGUAUCUAGAAGCCUUGAUCAGAGGGCGGCAGCGGCUGCAGGCCGGACGUGAGCGCGGCCAACCCGGUCAUAACCCAUGCAUCAAGGGGGGCGCUACAAAGACCACGCUGAGCAGCAAAUCAAGAACAAAUUCAAAUUAACAGCUACUGUAAGUGAUUGAAGAAUUUGAGCAUCGGAGAUAAUCUACAAUCCAAAAAAGUAUUCUUCAUGGAGAAUAGAAUUUUGUUUUCAUAAAGGGGCAGAUGUUGUGCUAUUGGGUUGUGGUCCUACCCUGGGACCCAUGCCUUCCUGGGGCUGCUGUGGAUU